AUGUCUAGAAUGUGUAUUAAUAAUUUAUUCAUUAAACGGCAAAUACAUGGAAAUGUAGAGAUAAUACAAAAUUGUAAGGAAAUUAGAAAUCGUAAUCCAAGAAAUUUAGAACGUUUAAGGAUUGCGAGAAAGCCUAAAGGUUAUGCUCUUGAUAAAUGUGGAGAGUCAUACUGGCAUAAAUUAACUGUAAAGUCUAGUCAACGUUACUGUACGGCCGAAAUAUAUCAUUUCGAAAAUGGUCCUGUUAUCUCAGCAUCGAGUCAAGAAUGGGGAAUAAAGAAACAAUUAUAUAGUACAAAUGAUACUACAGCAUUCAAGUUUGUGGGACAAGUACUUGCACAACGCUGCUUAGAGAGUGGAAUAUCAGAAAUUUAUGUUGAUAAAUCAAUAAUUACUGGAAAUAAAAUACAAUUAUUAGUAAAUGAACUGUCAGAAAAUGGAAUUUAUUUACAAGAACCAGAGGAGUACAAACAUCCAAAACCUACAUAUAGAUACCGCCCUGAAAAACCCUGGGAAACUUUUGAAUAGUUUUUAAUUAUGUAUAAAUAAUAUAUAAAACUGUA